AUGUAUAAAGUCCAACAAUACGAAGAGAACGACAACUUUAAGUAUACUCCACAACAGACGGAACGAAUGGAAACACAAGAGGCUAUUGUCGAUUUUUUAAAGAAAUUUUAUCAAAUCAUAGUGCCAGUCAUCAGCGCAGUCAUGGCUGUUGUUAAACUUGGAUUUGCUCUUCGACUGAGUCUUGUAAUAAUGUCUAAGUCGUGGUUUUGGGUUAAGAGAGACUGGCAAAUCAAGUUGGGCCCACAACUUAAUCCAUACCAUUUGGUCCUCCUCGACUUGUUGUCAUGCGGAUUCUUCUGUGUCAUCCCAAUCUACGUCUUUAUUAUUAAGAAAGCAAUCGAUCAAUCGUUUUUGCUGAAAAACAUUUUGGCGUGCGUCAUUCUCUUUGUUGUCUUGUUAUUCUUCACGUACUUCAUUGGGGCAUUUUGGCUCAUCGGAAUCAAUAUUGUGCUUUACACCGCUUUCUUCUGGUGCGAUUAUGUACUCAAAAACGUGUAUAACGUCUCCAUCAAACUCAACAAGGCUUACUCUGUCUGA